AUGGGAUACUUCGUCCUUCAUGAGGAUGUUUAUGUGGCAACAACAAAAAAUCUUAUUGAUGGUGUGAUUGCUGGUUAUAAUGCCACAGUCUUUGCAUAUGGACCCACAGGAGCUGGAAAGACAUACACUAUGUUAGGAUUAGAUUCUGAGCCUGGCAUUUACAUCCGAACACUCAAUGAUCUCUUCAGGGCCAUUGAAGACAGCACUGAGGACUUGGAUUGCAGUGUUUAUAUGUCAUAUAUAGAGAUUUAUAAUGAGAUGAUCAGAGAUCUGUUAAAUCCAUCUUCUGGAUACCUUGAGCUGCGUGAGGAUGCUAAAGGCGAAAUACGUAUUGCCGGCAUCACAGAAUUCUCUACAUGUAAUGCUAAGGAGAUAAUGGCUCUUUUGACCAAAGGGAAUAAACAGAGGACUCAGGAGUCAACAGCUGCUAACAAGACAUCAUCUCGCUCUCAUGCUAUACUUCAAGCAA